AUGUUCAAGCUGCGGCUGGGCUGGUACGCCGGGGUAUCGACUGCCCUGGCGGGCGCCGUCGUGCUGUCGGCAUUCCACCAGCGCGCCAACUUUUAUUCGGCCAUGGUAUACCUUGCGCAGAGCAACUUCUGCUUGCUGGUCCUGGUCAACUUCACAUUGCUAUUGUACAGUAGCUUUAUAUAUGCCUUGACGCAGCUGUGCUUCGGCACGUUGCGCGCGAUCGAGGUCGAGCAGCUCACCGAGCGAGCAUGGUUCGCCAUCACCGAGACGUGCCUUGCCAUGACCAUCUUCCGGGAAGAGAUUGGGGCUUGGUUCCUCGUCAUGUUUACAGCAUUGGUCACGGGCAAGGUCUGGGGCUGGAUUGGCGACGGCCGUGUUGAAUUUCUCGAGCAGCAACCCCCUGCAAACCCUCGGCUGUUCCAUCUGCGGCUCAGCAUCUCCCUGGCGGCUAGCUUCAUCUACGACAUCUGGAUACUUCGCUAUACGGUUUAUACAGUCAUUCAACAGGCCAGGCCCAAUAUGAUGGUCAUGUUUUUGUUUGAGUUUGCCGUCCUGGCUACCUGUUCCUGGAGAACGGGAGCUCGGUACUUGGUGUCGCUCACGGAGCAGCGCAUCGUCCAUUUGCAGACCAAGUCACGCUUGGCGGAGAGGAGGGCAGAAGUCAGCCGACAGCGCGAAGCCAUCAUUCGUCAGCGAGAGCAGGCUGCGGCAGCUGGAGAGCCAGCCCCGGAGAACGAAGAUCCUUUACCCGACCCAGCCGACAUUGACGAAAUGGAUAUUGAGGUGCCUGGCUGGGCGGCAAAGGGUGAGCUCGUUCUUUGGCUGGAUCUGGUAACUGAUAUGGUCAAGCUGGGCAUUUACGUCUCGUUCUUUAUGAUGCUUCUCAUGUUCUACGGACUUCCUAUUCAUAUCAUGAGGGAUCUGUUCAUGACAACACGCGACUUCCUUAAGAGGCUCAAUGCACUUUUGCGAUACAGACGGGCUAUCCAAGAAAUGAACAAGUACCCCGAUGCUACUGAGCGCGACCUUGCGCAAGAGAAUACGUGCAUCAUCUGUCGUGAGGAGAUGCAUCUGUGGGACCCUGCAAACAACGCGGGCACUAUCGACCGCGUGCGUCCCAAGAAGCUCCCGUGUGGUCACAUUCUACAUCUUGGUUGCCUCAAGAGCUGGCUGGAACGGCAGCAGGUAUGCCCAACGUGUAGAAGUCCUGUCACAGGCGAGCGACCUCGAUCUCCCGCCGCCCGUCGCGCUGCGCUUAGAAUACAAUUCGGCCAGGCACCGCAGCGAGGUCAAGAUCAACGUGCUGAUGGCAACGACAACGCAAACAACAACAAUAACAAUAACGACAAUAACGCACACCGUGAUGGGCAGAAUGGUGCAGCGCCUCCUAAUCAAGCUCAAGGCGCGGCAGGGCGGGCCCGUGUUUUCACUUUCGGUCCUAUUAGACUUGGAUUUGGGGCCAAUGACCAGCAAGUCCGCGAACUCGCCCAGCAGUUUGGUAUGCCACAAAUUGCUCCUGAUCAGGGACAAAAUCCCUCCACAGCGGCUACUCAGAAUCAGGCUCAACCGCCCACAUCAGGCGAUAGUUAUCAGCAAAUUGGAAAUCUCCUACAGCAGGCGGAGCAGAUGCUGCAACGCGAAAUGGCCAGUUUACAGAAUACGCAGCAAGAGCUACAGAUUGCUAAUUUGCUCAAUACCGAGAUUCAGCGACUUCGUCAACGACGACAACAGCCACAGGAUACCGCACAGAACGGCCAAGGGCAGUUGCCUGCAUCUUUUAGCCAGCUAACAGGCUUACCGCCUGUAGGGUUGCCGCCUCUGCCCAUUCCAGUACCUCCCCUUGGUAGCUUGUCAACAUUUCCCUCCUCCUUCGCCGGGAUAUCCCCGAGAAUGAAUAGCCCGUUGAUGACUCGACACGGAGCUGGCCCACUCACAACAGCAAUUCCUGCUGGCAGCCCUGACUUGCCAGAGGGAGUGGUGCUGCCUCCAGGAUGGUCCUUGACGCCUCUGCAAAGACUUGAUAGUGCUCAAGCUGUACCGCAUUACCCUCCCCAGGCUGCUGGUGUGCCCUUACAUGGAGACCUCACGAACGGAGGCCACACAGCGCCAACCUCGGUUCAGCCAACGCCGACCACGUCACACAGCCAGGAGACAGUGCCAGCAGAAUCUUCGUCAAUGCCUACUUCAGUAGCGCACGUUGCGAGAUCGCGAGCAGAUCCCUUACCCGUUGCCAGUGCUUUAUCUGAUCCCCCGCCCGUGGUGUCGCCUAGUCCGAUGAUGCCAAACUGGGGCGGAUCUAACCAGCUUUUCGGUGGCAGCUCUCGUCUGGAACAUGGAGACACGGCGAGCCAAGCUAGCACCCAGGCCGCUCCGUCAACGGAAAUCGAAAACGCGCCUGAAAGCAGCAGUGCUCACGACUCUCUGCCCUCGGCGGAUCUCAAACGCGAGCCGAGCAUCCUGGAGCUCGAGCACCACGACGAGAGCCAAGCUGAGGAAGAUCCGGCGGAUAAGGGGAAAGGUAGGGCUGUUACGGUAGAAGAGGCUGAUGAUGAGGAGGAUUGA